CUGCGUCUGCCCAGCCUUCUCUGGGAACGAGCAGGCGGCGACCCAAAGCAGAUCUGCGCCCCUUAGUCCUGAGACUCAACUCCCUGAAGGGGUGCCUAAACAGAGUAUCACCUCAAGCCUUUGGAAUCGAUUUUAGAGGAGGAUACCCAGAAUUUGAACUUAACAGAUUGAAGCCAUGGCCAUUCUUUUUGCUGUUGUUGCCAGGGGAACCACUAUCCUUGCCAAACAUGCUUGGUGUGGAGGAAACUUCCUGGAGGUUACAGAGCAGAUUCUGGCCAAGAUACCUUCUGAAAAUAAUAAACUAACUUACUCACACGGCAAUUACUUGUUUCAUUAUAUCUGCCAAGACAGGAUUGUGUAUCUUUGUAUCACUGAUGAUGAUUUUGAACGUUCCAGAGCCUUUAAUUUUCUGAAUGAGGUAAAGAAGAGAUUUCAAACUACUUAUGGUUCAAGAGCCCAGACAGCGCUUCCAUAUGCCAUGAAUAGCGAGUUCUCAAGUGUCUUGGCUGCACAACUGAAGCACCACUCUGAAAAUAAGGGUCUAGACAAAGUGAUGGAGACUCAAGCCCAAGUGGAUGAGCUGAAAGGAAUCAUGGUCAGAAACAUAGAUCUGGUAGCUCAACGAGGAGAAAGAUUGGAAUUAUUAAUAGACAAAACAGAAAAUCUUGUGGACUCAUCUGUCACCUUCAAAACUACCAGCAGAAACCUUGCUCGAGCCAUGUGUAUGAAGAAUCUCAAGCUUACUGUCAUCAUCAUCGUUGUAUCAAUUGUGUUCAUCUAUAUCAUUGUGUCAAUGCUCUGUGGUGGAUUUACAUGGCCAAACUGUGUGAAGAAAUAAGAAAGAGUAAGUUACCACCAACCAAGGAUGUGUGAGGACAAGAAGUUAAAAGCAAUCCAUGUGACUCAAGCCUUUCACUGCUGACAGAUGGUGUCUGCCAGUCUCUUCACUCUUUUCACUUAAAAAAAAAAUUCUUGUUCUAUGCCUCCAGAUCUGUAUUUGGUCUAACAGCUGAUUUAUUCCA